AUGCACUCGGAUGCGGCUGCCAUUUACGUUGAGGCGUGCAACCGCGAACACGCGGAGUGCGCACUGGAGCUGGUGUAUGCCUUUGAAAACAAUGAGAAGGAAGUCUCCCUCUCCGACCGCGCUGUGCACCUCAACGACAUCGACGUGAGCUGCAUCGCCGAGGCGCUGCGCAUCACGACGCACCCGCUGCGCGUGCUGAACAUUGAGGGCAACGCCUUUGGUCUGCCGGGCCUCCAGGCGCUGCUUGAGGCGGUCGAGGAGAACCCCGGCAUCGUGCGCGAGCUGCGACUGGGCCGCAACAAGCUAAAGGACCAGGCAGCGGUGGUCAUUGGGCACACGCUCUCGCGCGACGGCUGCGGCCUAAAGGUGCUCGACCUCUCAGAGAACGAAAUCACGAAUCUCGGCGUCAUCCCCAUCGCCGCUGCACUUGCCAAUGAGUCGUGCGACAUCGUGGAGCUCUCGUUCCACAAUAACAAGAUCGAGGCGGACGCUGCGACCUUUUUAGGCCAGGCGAUACGGCAGGCGGGGAAGCUAAAGCACCUGCACCUCGGCUACAACGCUAUCCGCGACACCGGUGCCGCGCAGUUCGCGCAGUGCAUCCCUGUGACAGUCAGCUUGUCGACACUCGACCUCACCGCCAACCGCAUCGGCCCCAGCGGCGGCAAGGAGUUGGCUCGCGCGCUCAUGACGAGCACGUGCAAUAUUCAGCGCCUUAAUUUGCGUCACAAUCUCUUUGACAGUGAGACAAUCGAGAUGUAUGCGGAAGUACUUCAGCGCAACACUUCGCUCAUCCAGCUGUUCCUCGGUUUCAUGAACCCAACGCCGGACUCUGCGGCGGUGGUACUCUCCGCACUGCGCGCUAACCGAACCUUGCUGCUGCUCGACAUCUACGGAUGGAAGCUGCACCCGGAGAGUGUGUGGGAAAUCAUCGACAGCAUACAAAAAUCAAAUAAUACUCUGGCAGCGAUAGUAACAGACGCCUGUCAGCCCAUCGCAAAGUACAUCGACGACGGGAACGAGGAACGAGAUGAGCGUGGGCAGCACCCAAUUUACGUUGGCCCCGACGAUCGCGACGCCUAUGUUGCAACAACGAGUCUUCGCCGGUUCUCGCGAGCACAGUCGCGGCGCCACUCACGGGCUUCUUCCCGUGGCGCAAUGUCGUCACGCACCGGGAGCCCGUCACACCGACGCCAGCAUGAACGCUCUCAUUCUCACAAAGACUCUGAUACGCACUCGCGUCACUCGUCACGGGGCCCACAGGAGCAUAACUACUCCUUCCCGCAGAAUGACUCGGUGCAGAAGGCAGUGCAGCAGCAGCAGCAGCCACCGCCGCCGCCGCCGCCGCCGCCGCCGUCGAUGCGGGAGGAGCAAUACUACCAGAGAGAGUCUGGCGCAUCACGCAACGGGGUAACGGAGGUAUUGCUCCAGGAACUGUACCGAUCCCAGUUAGAUCAAAAGACAAGUGAGACCAUCAGACGCAUUGUUGAGCAUCUGCAACAGGAGCUUGGUGAGCAGAGGCAGAGACAAAAGACACUUGAGGCACGCGUUGCCGCACUGGAACGGAGGAGAGAAUGCUUAUGUGGUAGCAAUCCGCUGGGCUCAGCCGAUCUGGGGAUGGUGUCUCGAAUUACCGGCAAGAACAGCGCCAGCAGCCCCCACGAUCACGCCGAAGAUGCCCCCACCAACCGUGACCCUAGCGGUCAUGGCAACUAUGCGAAGGGAUCCAGGAGCUGUGCCAGUGGUGUUCGAACUCCGCCGCCCAACUUCACUGGACUCCAGCAGCAGGGGCAGUCUGUGCAGCAGCUGAGAAGCACAGAGCCUUUCCAACACGGGAGUAUCUACGACGGCGACGGCUAUAAGCGUACUCACUCUGCCAAGGAUACCAGCGAGCAGCGCGGUUCCAGUGUCCAUGAGAGGAAUUAUCGGCGCAGUGUCAGUGUCCACAGUGGUGGCACGUGUGGCGGGCCGGCGGAGCUUCCGCAAACCUGCCAAAACCGUACGGAAAGGUCGGAGCCACCGGCGGAGCCGUUGGAGCUGCCGAGGGAGCGCAAGCCCCCAGAGGUGUCGCUGCAGACGUCGACAAAACCGAAUGAUGGCUACCAGCCGCAUUUGAGUCCCGCGCCGUUGAAGGACGCCAAUCCGCCGAAGCGAAAGGGCUCCGUGCAGCGACUGUAG